CAGUCCCUAAUUUGCCACAUCUUUGGAUGACGUCGUCAGUGAGAACAGAGUUUCCUUUAGAUUGGAAUAUCUCAUCGGGAAUAAAACCUCAACCCCUAAUUACAUCUGCAACUUUUGACUUGUAGUUAUCAGUUGCAACUCAUCAAACAAAAGAAAAGUAGAAAUGUCAGGAGCUCAGUGUUGCGAGAAUCCACCAACUCUAAGUUCAAGUUCAGGAAAUGGAUGUGUUCAACAACUUGGUGGUCUUCAAACCUAUGUUACUGGGUCUUUGGAUUCCAAACUUGGAAUUCUUCUUGUUUCUGACAUUUUUGGAUAUGAAGCACCUAACUUGAGGAACCUGGCAGACAAGGUUGCAGCAGCUGGAUUCUAUGUUGUAGUUCCAGACUUCCUUCAUGGGGAUCCUUAUGUACCUGAGAAUGCUGAGAAGCCACUACCCAUCUGGAUCAAAUCACACGGAACAGAUAAAGGAGCUGAAGAAGCCAAACCAGUUAUUGAAGCUCUAAAAAGUAAAGGGAUUUCUGCAGUUGGAGCUGCAGGGAUGUGCUGGGGUGCUAAGGUGGUUGGGGAACUAGGAAAGUCUGAUGAGCUAAAAGCUAUUGUAAUGGCCCAUCCUUCCUUUGUCACUGUUGAUGACAUUAAGGAGAUCAAGGUACCCAUUUCUAUACUAGGAGCUGAGACUGACAAGAUGUCUCCACCGGAGCUUUUGAAACAAUUUGAAGAGGUUUUAUCUACUAAAACUGAGGUUGAUUCCUUUGUAAAGAUAUUCCCUGGGGUUUCACACGGAUGGACUGUAAGAUACAAUAAUGAAGAUGAAGCAGCUGUGAAGCCUGCUGAAGAGGCUCACAAGGACAUGCUGGAAUGGUUUGCCAAAUAUGUCAAGUAGGGAGUAAUAUCUAUAUAUAUAUAUAUAUAGUGUUACACCAAGAUAACUACUGUUGUUUCCAAAUUCUAUUAUGUAUUACAAAUAAGGCUUUAUCGACAUUACAUCUCUCGUUAAUGUGAAUCUCACAGGAGUGAAUUGAUCCGUCGCUUUUAAUCAGCUAGGAGUGUUUAUGCUUUA